UUUACCAAAAGAGACCCAGUUGGACUCACUCGGGACCUCACCCCCACUUCCCCUCUUCUCCUCUCUUCCCACCACAAAGCCUCUCGUCUCAGACUCCUCCUCCUUCUCCCAAAACGGCAUUUCUCAUUCCUCAAAACGACACCCCUUUCCUGCACUGCCCAUUUCUCUAUCCCUCUAAAGGCAUGUUAUUCCCUCACUCUCUCUCUCCUCCUCCUCCUCCUUCUCUCCCAGCUUUUUCGUCUCUCUGUCACAUCCAUUAGAUAAACCCGUUGACUUUUUUCCUUCCUGCUUUGAUUUUUAGACGAAAUAAAAAAGAGGGAAGUAACGGAUUAUGGACCAAGCGGUUCUCGAUGAUAUUAUCAGGCGUCUUUUAGAGGUUAGGGGUAAGCCCGGAAAGCAGGUUCAGUUAUCCGAGGCUGAGAUCCGGCAGCUAUGUGUUGUUUCUAGAGAGAUUUUUUUGCAACAGCCUAAUUUAUUGGAGCUUGAAGCGCCCAUCAAGAUUUGUGGUGAUAUACAUGGUCAAUAUUCUGAUCUUCUGAGGCUGUUUGAAUAUGGUGGCUUACCUCCACGUGCAAAUUACUUGUUUUUGGGGGAUUAUGUCGAUCGAGGCAAGCAAAGUCUGGAAACAAUAUGUCUUCUCCUUGCAUACAAGAUAAAACAUCCUGAAAAUUUCUUCCUCUUGAGGGGAAACCAUGAAUGUGCUUCUAUAAACCGUAUAUAUGGUUUUUAUGAUGAGUGUAAGAGAAGAUUUAAUGUUAGGCUAUGGAAGAUAUUCACAGAUUGUUUUAAUUGCCUACCAGUGGCAGCUCUAAUUGAUGAGAAGAUUCUUUGCAUGCAUGGAGGUCUUUCUCCUGAUGUGCAUAAUUUGGAUCAGAUUAGAAACUUACAACGCCCCACUGAUGUACCAGACACAGGUUUGCUUUGUGAUCUUCUCUGGUCAGAUCCUAGUAAAGAUGUUAAAGGCUGGGGAAUGAAUGACAGAGGAGUUUCAUUUACCUUUGGUCCUGACCAGGUGACAGAGUUUCUUGAGAAGCAUGAUUUGGAUCUCAUUUGUCGUGCUCACCAGGUUGUGGAGGAUGGAUACGAGUUCUUUGCCAACAGGCAACUUGUUACUAUAUUUUCAGCGCCUAAUUAUUGUGGAGAAUUUGAUAAUGCUGGUGCCAUGAUGAGUGUGGAUGAGACUCUAAUGUGCUCUUUCCAAAUAUUAAAGCCUGCUGAUAAAAAGUCGAAAUUUAACUUUGGGAGCACAGCCACAGCGAAGGCUGGAAACACUUCAGGAGGUGGUGUUUUUGGAAGUACAACUACAGCCAAGCCUGGAAACACUCCUGCAGGAGUCAAGUCCUUCCUGGGUGCAAAAGUAUGACCAAGUAGACAUCAUGAACACGCUGAGAUUGGGUGACAGGAAAUUUGAGGCCCAUUUAGCUUCGUUAUAAUUUACUGAAAUUGUAUAAAAUGGGAAAUAGAAGCUAAUGCCAACGGAUCUAUUUUUACCCCCUUGCAUAAUUUUGUGAUUGAAGAUAGAAGGCAGUUCUCAUUCUCUUCCUGAAUGUACACUAAUAGCUGUUAAACUUGCUGCUGUUAAUUAUUUCCAUGUUACGCCUCA